GGGCUCGUGCUUGGAACGUUCGCGGGAAACAGCUCAAAACAAACCGGUUCUGAUGGGCACGCGCUCACCGGCUCAAUAAAACGUUAACGUCUCCAUAGUAACGGCCGUUUACUAACUAACCGGUACCGUGAAGCUGGACGAGCCGGUAACGUCUUAUUUAACUAGCUGCUUUAAACAGAGAGCGAGCAAGUUAGCACGGAUCAGUUAGCAGCUCGCUCUCAGUCGGGCUUCACACGAGGGGGGUUAUUAACGGAGAUAACGGCUCUAACCGCUAACCGUUAACCGUUAACGGACAGCCGGUUGAAGGUGAAAUGGCGGAAAGACCCGAAGACCUGAACCUACCGAACGCGGUGAUCACGCGCAUCAUCAAGGAGGCGCUCCCAGAUGGGGUGAACGUGUCAAAAGAAGCAAGGAGAGCCAUUUCCCAAGCUGCCAGCGUGUUUGUGCUCUAUGCAACAUCCUGUGCGAACAACUUUGCGAUGAAAGCAAAGAGAAAAACUCUGAACGCUGGAGACGUCUUGGCUGCGAUGGAGGAAAUGGAGUUCGAACGAUUCCUGGAGCCUCUGAGAGAAGCUUUGGACGUGUACAAGAAGGGCCAGAAGGGAAAGAAGGAAGUGUCGGAGCAGAAGCGCAAAGACAAAGAGAAGAAGAACGACUCCGAGAACGACAAGAGCAGAGAAGAGGAAGAGGAGGAGGAGGAGCGCAUGGAGGAGGAGCCCGAUGCGGAGAACGAAGCGGAGGAGGAGGAGGUGGAGAACUGAUGGCGCCUCCUCUCUGAUGUCAUCGCUGUCUGGACGAGAAACGUUAACAGAGCCAACGCGUUCAUCGGAGGAGAUAUUACGUUAGAUUAUGUUACGUGAGAUAACGUGGCGUGACGUUAGAUUACAUGAUGUGACGU